AUGGAUAUGAUCCAUACCAUGGUGGCUGCAGCGGCCCUUGCGCUCAAUCUCUUUGCAGCAGCAGCAGCCGGAGGUGCCGGUGCCGGUGCCGGUGCCGGCUCUCCACCACCGCACGCCCACGACAUCUCCUCCUGCCUCACCUCCAACUCCAACGUCGUCACCAACUUCUCCCUCCCGUCGUCCCCAAGCUUCACGCCGCUCCUCAGCUCCUCCAUCAGGUACCUCCGCUUCGUGAACAAUCCCAGCGUCGGCAAGCCGGCCGCCGUGGUGUUCCCGGCGUCCAAGGAGGAGCUCCAGCGCGCCGUCAUCUGUGCGCGCAACACCUCGCUGGCGAUCCGCGUGCGCAGCGGCGGGCACAGCUACGAGGGCCUCUCCUACACCACGGAGAACAACGUGCCCUUCGUGGUCAUCGACCUCGCCAACUUGAACCGCGUCCACGUCGACGGCGGCUCGGCCACGGCCUGGGCCGAGUCCGGCGCGACGCUGGGCGAGCUCUACUACGCGGUGGGGCGGUCGAACCGGACCCUCGCGUUCCCCGGCGGGACCUGCUCGACCGUCGGCCUUGGCGGCAUCAUCUCCGGCGGCGGCUUCGGGCUGCUGUCCCGCAAGUUCGGGCUCGCCGCCGACAACGUCCUGGACGCCACCCUGAUCGACCGCAACGGCAACACGCUGACCCGUGCGACCAUGGACGGCGACGUGUUCUGGGCCAUCCGCGGCGGCGGCGGAGGCAGCUUCGGCGUGGUCUACUCCUGGACGCUCCGGCUCGUCCCGGUGCCGGACAAGAUCACCGUGUUCAGCGGCGAACGGAUCGGCCCGGCCGACCUCAUCGCCCCGCUGAUCCACAAAUGGCAGUUCGUCGGACCUCACCUCCCCGACGAGUUCUACAUCUCCACGAGGAUCUACUUCCCCGGAAUAAUCCCAGGUAAUAAUAACCUGAACAUGACGUUCACCGGCCAGUUCCUCGCGCCGAAGCAGCAGGUCAUGUCGGUGCUGAACGAAACCUACCCGGAGCUGGGCCUCGCCGUGUCGGAGCUGUCGGAGGUGAGCUGGGUCGAGUCGGCGGCGAAGUUCGCCGAGCUCAAGUCCGUCGCGGAGCUCACGGACCGGCAGAACGGGGUGGGAGAGUACGCGAAGAGGAAGUCCGACUACGCGCAGGCACCGAUCUCGAAGCAGGACAUGGCGGAGGUCGCCCGGUACAUGGCGAGGGCGCCGACGACGGGGUCCGUCCAGCUGAACCCUUACGGCGGCGCCAUGGCGAGGAUCGGGAGCAGCGAGACGCCGUUCCCGCACCGCGCCGGGUACCUGUACAGCAUCCAGUACGCGAUCGACUGGACGGCGGCGGACGACAACGCCGCCGGCGGCCGUGGCGGGGAGUUCAUGGCGUGGCUGCGGGCGUUCUACGCGUUCAUGGCGCCGCACGUGUCGAGCAACCCGCGAGGCGCGUACGUGAACUACGUGGACCUCGACUUGGGCACCGACAAUUGGACGGAGCCGACGACGGGCGCCAUUGGAGCGUCCUCCUCGUAUAAUGCUAUGGUGGGGGUGGGGCAGAAGGCAGCGGCGUCCUGGGGGCAACGUUAUUUUCUGCAUAAUUUUGAUCGGCUGGUUCGCGCCAAGUCUAAGAUUGAUCCAGAAAACGUGUUCAACCAUGCACAGAGCAUUCCUCCUAGUUUGUGA